AUGCUAGAUGUUGUAGAAACAAAGAUAAAAGAGUGUAAAGAAACUGAAAUAAAAACUCCAAGCGGAAAUGCAUAUUGGAAAUACAGAGGUCUACGUUUUUCUACAUCUGAAGGUGUACUAUGUUGGAAAGAGAAUGAAACGCUACUAUUUCGGGAAUGUAACACGCACAGCGGGCGCUGGUUGCCAGAGUCUGUCACUUGCAAAACGAGAGACGAACCUAAUACAUUCUGUCCGAAUGACCUUUUGGAAAUAAUGAUGAGGAAUGACAACCCAGUAUGUCUAAAAAUUUCUCCACACCCUCAUCAGUACGACGAUGCCUAUUGCCACGGCUCAAAUGUUAUUAUUCCCCUUGAUUUAUCUGUACCUGAUUCUGAUCUAUCCAUCGCCGUUACAAAGUUUUUGUCUAGUAAAGGCAUAAACCGAUUUUGGCUGCCUCUUAAACGAAAUGACACCCUACCUCUAUACAAAGUUCGUUUACCAGGAACCCGAUGGAGUGAAAUAUUUGAAGGAAGUAUAGAAAUUGCUGACCUAAGAUCUAAUAAAAACUGUCUAUCUACGAUAGUUGUUCAUAAUCAGAAAAACAACAGUCACCAAAACAGGCACACACAAUUUAUCAAUGAAGUGACUCACUGCAAUGAGCUUAUUCACUCGGUUUGUAUAUUCCGGAAAAAACUUUUGUCUCGUACGGGCUGUAAGGAAAAUUUUGGAGCGCUAAGCUAUCGACCAGCAGAAUGUUAUGGGUUGGAGUGGAAUCAUAAAAGUAGGUCUCGCUCAAUCAAUGCACUAAAUGUUAAUAAUUUUUUUGAAAAACGCAACGUUCUUCAACUUAUAUUUCGAGACCUUAUAUCAAAGUCCAGAAGAAACGAGUUUUUUGAAGUUGAAAGUUUUGCAGAUGAAGCGGAUAAGGUCUAUGUAGUGUUAAUGAACCGAAAAGAAGAGUUCAAGAUCUUACAUAAAAACAACGAUAAUGAAUUUCCUUUGAUUAGUGAAGAAAUUGUUCCCAUUACAAAUAAUUUGGUGACAAUGAUUUUAAAAUUUAAUGUUGAAUUACAACAGCUCGUCUUAAUAGUUUAUAACAGUCGGUUCAUUUGGCGCAUAGAAGAGGAUGAUGAGAAUGAAGGGGUAGCAAUAUUUCAAGAUGCUGAGUCUCAAGAACCUUCCGAAAUGUUAACUGGUGCCUUUAAGCACGAAUAUUAUCGUUUUUUGCAAGCAAACCAUACUUAUGAAGACUUUGUGAAUGACCCUCAUUUACAAAUGGGCACUUUUAUACCAGAUAAGCUCCUAAAUCGCCUAAAUGAAAUCUCAGAAAUGUUGAAUGUAACGCAAAAGCGUAGCCCCGUUAUUAUCAUCAAAAUUUACUCCAGUGAUAGACUCUUUCAAGAACUUUCUACUAAGAAACAGAUUGUUUCUGGUCGUAUCGUAUCCAUAUCUAUUCCUGGCUUUAAUACUGAACUACCAGAUAUUGUCCCUAUUGCAUUACAUGUAUCGCCCGACGAAGCAAAGAAUAAAAAUGACUCGAUUGAGUUGUGCCAUUAUUGGAAUUUUCGUAAUUGGGUAACUGAUGCCACCUAA